AUGCUUUGGGCUUUAUUCCUGUAUUUAAUAUUUUACAUUCCAUAUGUAAGUGCUGCCGAUACAAGUGACGAUAAUGAUUUAACAUUGGAUCUUAUUCAAGUAAUUUUCAGACAUGGACUACGAACUCCACUCGAGGAAGAAGCGAGAUUUAUAAAUAUUACUGACCCAUCUAUUUAUGGGUAUGAUUUCGGACAGCUAACGAAGAGAGGACGGAAGCAAGAGUAUACGUUGGGAAAAUUCCUUAGAAAAAAUUACCAUUGGUUUUUAAGUACUUACGAUCAAAAAGAAUUGGUGGCUAUAAGUACCAAUGUCUCCCGUACGAAAGAGUCUCUUGUAUUAGUUUUAUCUGGCCUUUUCUCUUUAACGCCAAUGCCGAAUCAAUUCACUUUUUGUGUAUCAAAUACUAUUCUAGCGCCAUAUGCAAAUCCAAAAUUCACUGAAAUUCACACCAAAAUACUGAAAAAUUCGAAAAAAUUUGAAACGGACCUAUCGAAAUAUUCAGACUUUAUAAGAUACAUGGGGAAUCAAACUGGAUACUCGUUAUUUUCUAUAGUGAACUCUACUGUACACUUUCAAUCUUUGUUAAAAAUUCACAAAUUAUUAAAUAUAGCACUUCCCAUCUGGUACACCAAAGAAGUAUUUGAAACUUUUCGAAACAUGUCACGCACACAUGACUUGACUUUGGCGUCUUUCACAAGAGCCCAAGACGUCACUGGCGCGUUUUAUAUGCCACCAUUUGGUAGCGCUUACGUCGUUGAGAGUUACAAAGAUUCAAAACAGAAACGUUACAUUAGAAUGUUGAAAUGGAACGGAACCACGGACGGUUUUGUUGAACUGGAAAUUAACAAUUGCUCAAAGUAUUGCCCAGUUGAUACGUACAAAAUUCUCGUGAAAGACGUGAUUCCUACGGAUGAAGAGUUAAAAAUUUUUAAUCCUGAUACCUGCGAAUCAUUCUAA